AUAAUCACUAGUUACUUAAUUUUCAGUCUAAUGGAGAUAAAGUUCGGCUUUGACCUCUGUUAGAGCUGUAGGAGUGGUCCACGUAGCUGUACACUUAAUUAAUAUUUCUGUCCAUCCAAGGUCUUAACCACUCCUGCAGUUCUCAAUAUAUUUAGUUCGUUUUUUUUGCAUUCGGUAGCUUAGCUCUGGCACCUCAACCAUGAAAAAUCUUGACGAUUAAUGUGCGCAUGCCCAUAUUGCGCAAUGCCAUUUUUCUUAUUUAUGGAGUUAUUAACCACAUAUGCUUCUCAUAAAGGCAAGCAUAUCACAUAUUGUAAAAAUCAGAUGUGCGCUAUUUUUUUUUAAAAGAUGGGUAUCUAAACAGACAAACUUUAAUAUAGAAUCCAACAUUCAUGUAGAAAUAAUAAAGAUUUAGAACGGCGCCACCGUUUUCCAUAGGAAAAGCAUGUAAAUCUCCCACGUCGAUCUAAGAUAAGUCGACUUUCCAUUAGCUUAUUUAAAGGCAAGACACUCUUCAGGCUAUAUUUUUCAGAAAUAUUCAUUUUCCAAUUGAUCUAGGUCCUAGGACAAUUAAUUUUAGAGGUCUGAAAAAACGUUAUGUCAGUGCAAGAAUGCAGGUCCAACCCAGACUAUCACGACGCCAACCAUCUGACUGAUACUGAUCUAGUUGUUCCAUCAGGUAGCUCUGGAUGCGAGUGAAGAAAUAUGGCUUUAAGAGAGACGAUGUUGGAGAUAAUAAGCGGACUUCUUAGUUCAUCGAGCGAACUGCUAAACGUUGCAGAGGAGCGUAAGAAAGCCAUGGAAAUGAUGGAGGAAUACUCCAUCCUUCUUAUAGAAAUUUUGCUAGCACACGACGAAGCGGCGGAAGAAAGGCAAAUGGCUGGUAUUCUGCUAAAGCAGUGUAUUUAUAGUUUCUGGUGGAAGACUGCAAACGAUAUGCCGCCGAUUUUAAAUGAACCGGUCAAAGAAAAGCUGAGAUAUAUGCUUCCGAACGGUCUACAGAGUCCGUAUUCGUUAGUUAGAAACUCGUGCGCCGCGUGCCUUGUGUGUAUUGCCAAAUUUGACUACUCUGCAACUUGGCCGGACAUGAUUAAAGAUAUUCUCUCGAAAUUGACGACCGUCGACGAAAAUACAUGUUCGGGUAUUUUGUAUUUCCUAAAUGAUUAUUGUAGAGUGACCGCGCUCGCGAACCCGCCAACAUGUGAUGACUGGAUACUGAUUUAUAAGUUUUUGACCACAGUUGCUCAAGAACUGGAAUAUAGUACAGAGACUCGCGCAAAGACCAUGAUGAUCUUUACCAGUUUUCCUUUCAAGAAGUGCAUACUUCAACACACUGAAAUCACUGCACUUAUUACAAAUUUUUGUAUGGUGUGCCAAAGACAGUUAACUUUACCACAUCCCACUCAAAGCGACUACGUGCUGAAGCACAACAUUUUAAAUGUGUUCACCACGUUAUUACACAAAAUACCAGCGAUCGUAUCAAAAACAAUUAUCGACAUAUUGCCGACCAUUUGGGAAAUGUUGUAUCGAUGCGGAAUGAUAUUUGAUGAAAUGCUCGUUAAUGAAACGCUCCCAUAUCGGGAUCCUGAAGAAAACGAACAAAAUACACCAUUAUUUUACAUAUUGGUCGAAAAUGUAUUUGAUGUAAUCAAGUCAAUUUUAAAACUUGACUGUCACUUGCCUAACAUUUUAAAUGUCAUGCCCGAUUUGGUGCAUCACACUAUUUUGUUUCUGGCAAUUCCCAAAGAUAUGGAGGUACGGUGGAAAAGUGACCCGGAGGUUUACAUCAACGAGGAUAUAGAUGAAGAACUCUCUGAAAAUUCUUUAAGACUUGCAGCUAAAAACUUCCUAGUGUUCCUGUCGCGUCGAGUAUAUGCGCCCACAAUGAUAAAUGCCAUCACUGAUGCGGUGGAUAGGCACAUCGUCUGUAGCACGGCGAAAACUGAAUCAUAUUUUUGGCGUAUUCAGGAGGCCACAAUGUACGCAGUUGGCUGUUUAAGGGAUUUCGUUCUUAACGCGCAUAGCCAUAAGGUACUGCAAAACUUUGAUAUUAUGAAUUAUUUAAAUCGAUGGGCAGCCGAAGUGGGACCUUGUCCGUCAUGGCUAAUGCUAGCGCGCAUUAUGUGGUUAGGAGGACAAUACUCUUCAAUAUUGGGCAACAAUGCGCCUGCUUACAUAAGAACUAUUGCUGACAAUUUGAAUGCCUCGUCUUUUAUAUUGACAUUUUCAGCCAUAAGAUCACUUUAUUUACAUAUGCGUACAGCUAACCAAUCAGAAUACAAGUCUGUAUAUAUAGAACUUCGUCAAACGUUAGCAUAUGCUUUAAUGGAUACAUUAGAUGGUCUAGGUGGCGCUAUUCUACCGAUGGGCCUGUCUGCGUUAGUUCAACUGUUAAAGUUGGGUCCAUUUGCCGAUUGCAUUGCGGAGAAAUUAAUAUUGUUUAUAAUCAACAUGUUUGAUAAGAGUUUGCUCAAUUAUAAAAUUGUCGAUCAUUUGCAAGUUAUCAUUAAGGAAAUAUGCUCGAAUAGUUCGUGCGCAAAGACAUUCCAGGAGAAGUUUUUACCCGUCUUUGUGGAUUUGACAAAUGAAAUUAUCUCUCCGCACAGUCGCCCGAUUACGUCUUACAAUGUGCAAUGUAACGCGAUUAGCAUUUUAACGAUUUUAGUCAAGUAUUCAGAAGAGCCAAUCAGCAAUGAGCUGGUUGUCUACGGAUUUAUUCCGGUAUCAACGAUCAUCUCGAGGGUUGAUGAUACAUCGGUUAUACAGCUGAGCUCAGAAUGUCUUCGUAGUUACCUAUGCAAGGCAACAUCUCGAGUUCUGACAUUCCAGGAUAACGACGGCCGCACUGGAAGCGAGUGUGUAUUAAACAUUCUUAAAUGCUUGCUGGACCCUACAAAAAGUGAAUAUAUGUGCGAGGAGGUUGGUCGUUUCUUCAUAACGGCAAUGCACACAUUAGGAUGUCAGCUGGACCAACACUUUUCUUUUGUCUUAAGAGGUCUAUUGAGUGCAGUACAACGGGCGGGUAGCGCACCAGUGAAGGCACCAUUAUUAGGAAUAUUUUCCUAUCUCUUCUUUUGCCAUUUUGAUGCGACAGUUCAUUUUCUAACGUUAAUACCCGGACCGAGAGGACAAAGUGCCUUGGCAUUUAUUCUUGGGAAAUUAUCUUCAACUAAGUAUUCUUUGGAUAAAAAAUAUUUCUUACAUUUACACACUGUAGCAUUAUGUCGUGUGGUUGAGCUUGCGAUAACUCAACAAGAUAGGCGCAUUCUAGAUAUAAAAGUUAGUUACGUUAAAGAGGAUGUCAACCAACCAAGCUGCUCCACUUCGAUGCCCAUAAAUACUACAGAACAUCCUAUUCUGUUGGAUAUUAUAAGGGCUUUAUUGGAGACUUGCAAAUGGCUCGUGUCUCGUGCAGCAACCGACAAUCAAACUGUGGAAAGUAGACACGUAUGGCGACGUUCGUUCGGUCAGGCUUCAACGUCAAGAGACGAUGAUUCUGUGGACCCACCAGACGGGUCAAGUUCUGGUGAUUCAGAUUAUAUAAGUAGCGAAGAAGAGGAAAGCAUUGUAGAGGAGAGUUUAGAUCCCCUGGAUGUCAACGAUCCGAUAUAUAGCAUCAAUGUAGUUGAGUAUCUACAAAUUUUUUUUAGUAAGUGCUCCAACGAUCCUUUUUUCUACAAUUACGUCCACCUGUUGGAUAACUGGGAAAAAGAGUUCUUACGGCAAAUAAAUGAUUCGGUAACGUUUGAGUAAGGUGGAAGUUGAUCGUUAUGACAACAGUCAUGUGCCUUUUGCAAUGUGAUUGUUUGAUUUGUAUUUUUGUGAAUAAAUCUGACAAAGUCUAGUUUUCCAAUUUUCACUCUUGAACCAAAAUAUUUCCCGGGCUUUUUUAAAAAUAUGAACCAAAGACAUUAAAGUGCAUUUAGAAACAGAAAUUGUUAUUCGUUUGAGGUUUCUUGACAGCAUUAAUUAAGAAACAAUCUUAGCAACUUUGUCAGAUUUAAUUAAAGCUAACUGUGGUAUUAUUUUAUUAUAGUUGUUAGAUUAUCUUUUGGUUAGUACAAAUUUUAUGAUACUCACUAAAUUAUGUUAUAAAGUUUGUUGGUGCGUAAGUAUAUGUUCAGUAUUAAUUAAAUAUAUGUUGUUAUGGUACUUAUGUAAAACGUAGAUUUAGUCAAGUGAGGAGUAAUCAAUCUGUGAUGCACACCUUGUUGAAAUAUGCAACACUUCAGUUUAACAUCGAUACGCAAACAGGGACUUGGUGAAAUAAGUACCAUGUCACAGAAAGGGAUUGACAAAGAAGAAUAAAUGAUGAAUGUGUAAGCUACAGAAAUGUAUUCUUCAUUUAGUAAUAAGUGUUUUUGUGUUCCUUUAAUAUUUAGCCUUUAUAAAAUUAUUACCCUUGUUACAAUCCGGCCUGUAAUCGAAUUUGGGGUAACUCUUUUCACAAAGGCUUUUUUAUUUGUUUGAUAUUUCGUUAUAGCUUUACUCGAGUUUGUAGGGUAUAAAAUCAUAGUGCUAUUCGUGGCAGGUGCCGUCAGACCUUAGUUAGGUAGUCGCCACCGUUCAUGAUUGGCACGUAUGAUUUUGUACUAUACAAAAAAUUAUUAGAUGCACUGCCGUCACUUUUUGCACGUUACAGAGUUAUAUUUUAGUUUGAUUUAAGUAUUGAUUUUGAAAUUUGAUUUAUUUGUUUUUCUUACCUAUUUAUAUGUUUUUGUUUGUCUAGUUCCUGUAAGUUUUCCCUAUUGUUAGAUCUAACAUUGAAUAAGACUGAAAGUCAUUGCCACGCAAUACAAAAAACAGCAGUCUCUUUCUUGUUUUGUUCUUUCUGUAGAUGAACUGUGAUUUCUGUGGUAACAUAAUGAUAUCGUCUAUGAAACUGCUCUUUUGUAUUGCACGCAAGUUAGUGAUCGUUACGGUCUGUUUAUUAAAUAAUCUCAGGUGCAAAUUUGCCACUUAACUAUAUCGGUGAUAAAUAGGUAAAGAGAUUUUAUAUUAAAUUUUAUAAGUUUUAUAUUCAAAUUAAAAAGUUCCUA